CACUGAAAACAGGAAGUCAUGGGUUCUCCUGGUUACCCCCUCAACCAGGAGCGCGGCUUCUUCCUCCUGAAAAUGUUGUCUUUAAAGUCUGUCGCGGUUUUGCUCGGGAUAGUCUUGAACUGCAUCGCGGUCGUGGCCAGUGAAGGCAGCGUGUCGGACUUAAAACAGGAAGAGACACCGAGUCCCGCCGUGGCUUCGCCUCUCUUCAAACCCGCUCCGAGGUCGCUGUCUCUCAACCUCCUGUCUUUCCCGGAGGAUGUGGAGAUGAGCGACUACUGCCACCAGCUGCUGCAGAUAUUUGGCGAGCGCUAUGUUUCCGCGGUCACCUGUUUGGUUCCAGCUGCUCGACCUGUCCUGGUGUGUCAGAAAUGCUACCCCAGUUUCAGAAGCCUUGUUGACACCUACGCCAACAUCUCUUCGGACCAGGGAGUCGCUGGGAAUGAAAGUUGCAGAGACAGUCUCAUUCGGAGUGAUCGCCUGAUGCUGGUUUAUAUGCUCUACAGCAGCCUGGAUAACAUCUGGACUAAAUCUGACUGUGACAACUGCCUCACUGAAGGACUACAUAGCUUGACCAAUGACACGCUGAACUUCAUCGCCCUGCACAACCAGACAAUAAGCUGCUUUGAACUCAAUCGACAGAAGAACCACAGUGAGCUGUGCAUCAAUUGUAACGACACGUAUAAAAGACUCAAUGACCUCUACAGUCGCAUGGAGAAGAACCACACUCUGUGCAUCGACAUAGAAGAUGCGAUGAACGUGACCCGUCGGAUGUGGAGUAAAGUCUUCAGCUGCUCCUUUCCCCUGGAGGAGACGGUGCCGGUCAUUGCCGUGUCCAGCUUCAUGCUCUUCCUGCCCAUCAUUUUCUACUUGAGCAGCUUCCUCCACUCGGAACAAAAGAAACGCAAGCUCAUACACCCCAAGCGAGCUCAGUCACAGAGCAGUUUGAUGAACAUCCAGGACAAGCAAAGCUGAGGCAGGACCACGGACAUACAGACCGGAAAUGUUUCCCCUCUGCAGUCACCCUCUUGUUCCUGGACUUUGCCUCCACGACUCGGCCUCUUCCCACCAUAUCAGUAUUUAUUAAUCCAUGAAGGUAAUCUGUGUAGAAAGCAGAAGUUGGGUGGACUGAAAGUGCCUGACUGGCGUAAGAGCUCCGCUCCUUCAUUGUCCUGCUUCCCUUGUUAACCAUCUUCGGGUUGGUGACACACAGCUGUCACUAGAAAGAGCGAGUGGCUUCAAUACAAGUGUGUGUGUGUGAGUCCUGUUUGAGAAAUGGGGUUUCUCUAAUGUAUGUCCGAGAGCGGGCUGCAGGAGAAAAAGGAAGCACUUGAUGUCCAUUAGUGGUGACAUGUAUCUGCUGUAAGAAGGGGAGGGGGGACGGGGGGGCACAUCAGUUGGGUAGGUUUAAUAAAGAAAUGACGAAAGAGCACUCCAAAGUACCACACUGAGAUAUUAGCUGUUUUUUUCCCCCCACUUUUUUGUUGGGUUGAGUAAAGCUUUUACUGUUCUUUGUUGUGCUUCUUCACUAAUGUUUAACUUAAUUUAACUCCGGCUGGUGGUGAUGGCGCUGAGAAGCCUCUCAUGGAUGCAUUAAGAAAUAUUGUAAAGUUAAUUUCUCAGAUGCAUAAACAUAAAGUAAAUAAAGUGUCUUUAAUGCUUGACAU